GCUGUGACUCGUCCACUUCAUUUUUUCUAUUAGACUCUCAAUUUCUACUUCUUUCUUUUUCAAUUUGAUUCCCUCAAACCCUAGAAUUUUUCGCUUCCUUAUGGCUGAAGUCUCUCCUUGCUCUGUCCAACUCAUUGCCGGUAACGGCUACUUCAAUGUCGACGGUCUCCACCACUUCGUCCGCGCCACCAACCUCCCCGAUCGCGGCCGCGACUACGCCGUCGUCGCCAUCGUGGGCCCACAAAGUAGUGGGAAGAGUACUUUAAUGAACCAUCUUUUUGAUACAAAAUUCAAAGAGAUGGAUGCAUUUGAAGGAAGGAGUCAAACAACUAAGGGAAUUUGGAUAGAUAAGUGUGCUGGCAUUGAACCUUUCACUAUUGCCAUGGAUUUAGAGGGAACUGAUGGCAGUGAAAGAGGCGAGGAUGACACUGCAUUCGAGAAGCAGAGUGCCCUUUUUGCUUUGGCAAUUGCAGAUGUUGUAGUGAUAAACAUUUGGUGCCAUGAUAUCGGUCGGGAGCAGGCUUCCAAUAGACCUCUUCUUAAAACAGUUUUUCAGGUCAUGAUGCGUUUAUUUAGCCCACGUAAAACAACUCUUCUAUUUGUUAUACGUGAUAAAACAAAGACCCCGCUUGAAAAAUUAGAGUCUAAUUUAAGAGAAGAUAUCAAGAAGAUUUGGGAAGCAGUUACUAAACCCCGGGACCAUGAAGGUGCUCCUCUCAGUGAGUUUUUUAAUGUGGAGGUCACUGCUUUAUCUAGCUAUGAAGAUAAGGAGGAGGAGUUUAAAGAGCAGGUUGCUGAACUGAGGCAGCGGUUUUUCCAUUCCAUCUCUCCAGGAGGACUAGCCGGUGAUACACAAGGAGUUGUUCCUGCCUCAGGAUUUUCCUUUAGUGUACAGCAGAUAUGGAAUCUUAUAAAAGAAAACAAGGACCUGGAUCUUCCUGCUCUUAAGGUAAUGGUUGCCACUUUUCGGUGUGAGGAAAUUGCCAAUGAGAAGCUCCGUCUGUUGUCAGUUGAUGAGGAUUGGUUGGCUCUGAAGGAAGCUAUUCAAGUGGGUCCUGUUCCAGGAUUUGGUAAAAAGCUUAGCUCUGUUCUGGACACCUAUCUUUCAGAUUAUGACAAGGAAACGAUCUACUUUGAUGAAGUUGUAAGAAUUCGAAAACGACAAGAUUUGGAGUCACAAGCAAUUUAUAUUUUCCACCCCGCGUAUAAUUGCAUGUUGGAUCAUCUAUACUCUAAAGUGUUUGAUAGUUUUAAGAUCAGCUUGGAACAAUUACUAAACGAAGGGGAAGGUUUUGCUGCUGCUGUUCGCACUUGUCUUCAAUCUUGUCUGCUGGAGUUUGACCAAGGAUGUGCUGAUGUUGCUAUAAUACAGACUAAUUGGGAUGCUUCAAAAGUUCGGAAAGAACUUCACCAUGACAUUCAUGAACAUGCAUCAAUGGUUUGUCGUGCAAAGCUGUCUGAAAUCAAAACUAACUAUGAGGAAAAAUUGUCUGCAGCACUUACUGAACCUAUGAAAUAUCUAUUUGAAGUUGGUUGUGAGGAUACUUGGGCUUCAGUAAGAAGGCUUCUUGAACGUGAGACUAAAGCUGCUGCAUUUGGGCUUUCGAAUGCAAUUGCUGGUUUUGAGUUGGACAAAGCUAGUAGUGAUGCAAUGGUUCAAAAUUUAAGGAGCUAUGCAAGAAUUGUGGUGGAGAAAAAAGCAAGAGAAGAAGUUGGCAAAGUUUUGAUCCACAUGAAGGAUAGAUUCUUAAUAGUAUUCAAUCAUGACAAUGAUUCAAUGCCAAGGGUUUGGACUAGAGAAGUGGACAUUAAAACUAUUUUGAAGAAUGCCCAGUCUGCGUCACUAAGGGCACUGUCAGACAUGGCUGUUAUACGCUUGGAUGAGAAGCCAGAUAUGGUUAGAAACUUACUUUUUUCCUCACUCAUGGGUGGAACUGUUGACACUCUAGCCUCAAACACAUGGGAGCAGGUUUCUCCAAGCGAUAUGUUGAAAUCACCCAUAGAAUGUAUGUAUUUGUGGAAUCAAUUCAAGGAAGAGACCAAGUAUGUGGUCAAUCAAGCAAUGUCAGCACAGGAGGCUCACAAACCGCGUAACAACUGGUUACCCUCUCCAUGGGCAUUGGCACCUGUAGUUGCUGCAUUUUUUGGCUUUGUUACUGAUGAGGUCAAAGAAAAUAUGUGAUUGUUGUCAUGUUUGUUUUAUAGCAUUAGACAACACUAAAACCUUGUACUGUAUUAAAUGGUUUUAGUAUUUUGUUUGACUCACAGGGGAUUUUUUUUUUU